CUUUCAAGCGGACAACAGGUGAUCGCGACCGUUUCGCAGCAAAGGUGAAAAUCGCGUUCAACCGAGAGCGAGUAAAGUCGCCCCAAAAACGCGCACCUCGUCUUAGGCAAUCUGCGGUGCUUUUAUUUUGGUGCUGCUGCAAUCUCGUGUGAGAGCGAGAUAGUGUUCGGCAGUGCUAGUGCGAGUGAGAAGGAGCAACGCGCCUGCCCACGGCAAUAAAGUUCGACUUGAUUUUUGUUUUAAUAUGUGAUGCCAAUACACAAUUCAACAAUCGAGAAAACGUGUUUACACUUAAUUUUGCUAACGUGAUUUAAAGACAAACCAAAAAUGCGCCUCCAAGGAGCGGAUAUGGGCGCUAUUCCAGUGCUGAUCUUAGUCACCGUUUGUUUGCUUUACCAAACAUCUGCCCAGGGUUUGUACUCCAUCAUUGCUCCGAAUACUCUGCGUCCGAACUCGCAAUUUCAUGUGGCUGUGAGCUUGCACAAUGCACCUGAAUCCGCCACAUUUAAGGUGGGAAUCCUGGGCAGCUCUUACACGGACUUUAAGACCGUGGAGUUACGACCUUUUUCCACACAGCUAUUGCACUUUGAGAUUCCCGCCCUAAGAACUGACAGAUAUCGCCUAACUGCUGAGGGCCUUGGAGGAGUUCAGUUUACCAAUGAGACUCAACUGCACUUUGAGUCCAAACAACAUACGGUUUUGGUUCAGACGGACAAGAGCAUCUACAAGCCAGGCGAUUUGGUUCACUAUCGAGUGCUUAUUUUGGAUGCCAAUCUGAAACCCGCUCGUGGCUAUGGACGUGUGCAUGUGGAUAUCAAGGACUCCGGUGAUAACAUUAUACGCAGCUACAAGGACAUUCGUCUAACCAAUUCCAUAUACUCGAACGAACUGCGAUUGUCGGACUCGCCUCGUUUUGGCACUUGGUCCAUUGUCGUGGAUGUUUCGGAACAAGCGCACACGCAAACUUUCGAGAUCCUUGAUCAUAUUCUGCCAAAAUUCGUUGUAGACAUCGAUACUCCCAAGCACGCUAUUUACAAGGAUGGCAAAAUAGGAGCCACAGUCAGAGCGCAUUAUGCAUUUGGCCAGCCAAUUGUGGGUGAAGCCACCCUAUCCAUUUAUCCCACUUUCUUUGGCUCGCUCCAACCUUUUGUUAACGAUCUCAUCACCCGAAAAGUUGUGCCAAUUGAUGGCAACGCGUACUUUGAGUUCGAUAUAGAGAAUGAGCUCCAUCUGAAGCAGGACUAUGAGAGGCAAUACCUUUUGGAUGCCCUCGUUGAGGAAAAGUCAACUGGUUCGGUGCAAAACUAUUCAACAGUCUUGACACUGCACUUGAACCAUUAUCGCGUGGAGGCCGUCAAGGUGCCCAGCUACUAUAUUCCUGGAGUGCCCUUUGAAGCUACAGCUCGCAUAGCCCGCAAUGAUGGCGGCCAAUUGAGGGACUUCAAUCCCCAAAUAACCGCAUACUUGACGAAUGUCUAUGGCAGCAGUGAGAUGUACAAUCGUACUGCCUAUAGCUUGGAUGCCAGUGGAGAGAUCAAGAUGAAGUUCACUGUUCCGAUUGGAGAUCGAGAUGAAUUUCAUUCCAUAAUAGUUGACUACCAGGGCGUGAUCAGUGAGGUGGGAAAGAUCCCGAGCAAGCAUUUGCACAGCAAAAACUAUAUCACUGCUAAGGUGUUGAAUGAUAGGCCCACUGUAAACCAGGAAAUUUCUGUGGUCGUACGCUCCUUUGGGCCCAUUAAAUAUUUUAUGUACCAAGUGGUCGGUCGCGGCGAUAUUAUUCUGUCUCGCAAUGUGGAUGUGACCGAUGGAACUUUCCACACAAUCAAAUUCUUGGCAUCAUUUGCAAUGAUGCCAAGAGCCAAGCUGCUCGUAUAUACGGUAGUAGAUGGAGAGUUUGUUUACGAUGAGCAGGUCAUACAGCUUGAAGAAAAUCUACUCAAUGCGGUACAAGUUGACGCUCCCAUUAGAGCACCUCCUGGUCAAGAUAUUGACAUAGGUAUAAGCACCAAACCCUACUCAUAUGUGGGCCUCAUGUUAGUGGAUCAAAAUGCAAACGACCUUAGGAGUGGUCAUGAUUUAACCCACAAGCGACUGAUGGAUGCCCUGCGUUCAUAUGAACUGAGCGAUGUGAACACCCCAAUGGGAUCACCUGGCAAGGAAUCUGGUGUGAUAACCAUGUCCAAUACGAAUUACUUUAUCGAAAAGGAAGCUGAGAGCAAUCCGGCUUUGGAUCGAGACGUUUCCACCGGGCCCGAGGAAGACAAAUUAACGACUGUGCGAAAAACAGACAUUGGACCUGCCCACAAGAUCGAGGUUAAUACGUUGCCACCUGGGAAAGGACGAUACGCCUUUUCUUACACCCCAAAGCCCUUCUGGCAUAAUCCAAGGGUCCAUGUGAUGCGCGAUCCAGCGAAUACGUGGCUCUUCUUGAACAUAUCCGCCAGCAGCGAUGGAAGGAAUUCAAUCCACAGAAGGAUUCCCAGUGAGAUGACAUCCUGGGUAGUUUCCGCCUUUGCUCUGGAUCCGGUUAACGGAUUAGGAUUAUCUCCGGCCAAUGGAAAAUUGGAAGCCUACAAAGAGUUUUACAUAAGCACCGAGUUGCCAUACUCCAUAAAAAGAGAUGAACUCAUUGCCAUUCCGUUUGUGGUGCACAACAAUAGGGACAGUGAUUUGAACGUGGAUGUCACCUUUUACAACUCAGCGCUGGACUUUGAUUUCCCACAACUGGAUCCUAAGGCCACCAACCAACCAAAGGUGGAACUCUACAGACGUAGAUCCUUGCAGGUACCGGGGCGAUCCGCCCGUUCCGUGUCCUUUAUCGUGACUCCCAAGAGAGUGGGCCCCCUCUUGGUCAAGGCAAUGGCUGCCUCCUCCCAGGCUGGCGAUACAGUCGAGCAAAAUCUGCUGGUGGAGCACCCUGGAGCCAUGGAGCGAAUCAACAGAGGAUUCCUCUUCGAACUUAACUCCAAUGCCCAGAAUAGAAGAAACGUCACCAUUGCGGUUCCACGCAACGCCAUUCCGGAAUCCACACGUAUCGAAGUAUCAGCCGUUGGCGACCUCAUUGGCAGCUUAGUGGGUAAUCUGGACAGCCUUAUCCUUCUGCCAACUGGCUGCGGCGAACAGACCAUGGUUAAUUUUGUACCUAAUCUAAUAGUAUUACGUUACUUGGGGCGCCUUCGUCAACUGACCCCAGAAGUGGAACUGCGUGCCACAAACAAUCUGGCAGUUGGCUACCAGAGGAUUCUCUAUUAUCGUCAUGAGAAUGGUGCCUUCAGUGCAUUCGGAUUAGACAUCAAGCGAAGUUCCACCUGGCUGACAGCGUACGUGGCCCGCUCGCUUCGGCAAGCUGCUCCAUACACCCAAGUGGAUAGCAAUGUCCUGCAAAAGGCACUAACCUAUUUGGGAAGUGUUCAGUCAGCAAACGGUGGCUUCGAGGAGCGUGGCGACGUAUUCGAGAGAUUUGGCGACGAUGGCAUCAGUCUGACUGCAUUUGUGACCCUGGCUCUAAUGGAAAAUGUGGAUCUAUAUCCCGAAUAUCGAAACAACAUCAACAAAGCCCUGGACUUUAUCACCAGGGGCUUGGAUGGAUCAAGUAACCUGCACGCCAUGGCCAUAGGCACUUACGUGCUCUCCCGAGCUAAUCAUAAUGCCAAGGCAGCUUUUCUUCAGCGAUUAGACUCAAUGGCCACCAACAAGGAUGGCCUCAAGUGGUGGAAUAAGACGGCGCCCGCUGGUGAGCAGCAGUCACCCUGGUAUAAUGCCACUCGUAGCGUCAACAUCGAGAUCUCCGCUUACGCCGCCUUGGCUCUGCUGGAAAAUAACUUGGUGGGCGAUGCCCUGCCCGUCUUGAACUGGCUGAUGGACCAGCGAAAUCCCAAAGGUGGUUUUGUGGCAUCGCAGGAUACUGUGGUCGGCCUCCAGGCGCUUCUCAUGUUCGCCGAACGCUUUUCCAGUCAGGGCAAUAAUCUUCAAAUCGGCUUCCAUUACGGAGAAGGUGCUGAAACGAUAAUUAAUGUGAAUGCCGAAAACUCACUAGCCCUGCAAACGGUGGAGCUGCCAAACAACCUUAAAAACUUGAGUGUUUCGGCCACUGGUCGGGGAAUGGCAUUGGCCCAAGUCAGCUACACCUAUAACACGAACGUGACCAGUGCCUGGCCACGAUUUGUACUCGAUCCCACUGUGAAUCGGAACUCCCAUGCGGACUACCUCCAUCUUUCGGCCUGUGCCAGCUUUGUUUCCGUGGUGGGCGAGAACGAGCAGCGCUCCAACAUGGCAGUAAUGGAGGUUCACCUGCCCAGCGGCUUCGUCGUGGACAGGGAUACACUUCCCACCCUGGAGUCGAGUGAGCGCAUCAAGAAAGUCGAGACGCAGAAUAGAAACACCAAGGUGGUCAUCUACUUUGAUUACCUGGACAGAAGGGAGGUCUGCCCCACCCUGCAUGCCUACAAGACGGUCAAGGUCACAAAACAUCGACCGGUUGCAGUGGUCAUGUACGACUACUAUGACAGCGCUCGCCGUGCCAGGCAGUUCUACAGGGCACCCAAAUCCAAUAUCUGUGACAUUUGCGAGCACGCCAACUGCGGUGACCUAUGCGAAAAGGCCGAGAAGCGCGAGUCAAAGCGACCUGAUGACUACACGGCGAUAGCGGGUCAUAGUUCAGGGCCGAGACACACAGCCAUUUCAACGCUAUCUGUGGUUAUGGUUUUGUCGAUCCUUUUGAAAACCCUUAGCUGUUAGACGAUACUGUUACCGCCACGUAACGUGGAACCAAAUCGAAGCUUUAACAACACCCACUCACAUAGUCCUUAAGCUAGCCUAAUGAAUGCCGUGAACUAAACCUGAUCUAAGUACAUCUAACGAUGCUAAAGUGUUGCCAAUAAAGUGUUAAACGUUUACUAAAACCAGA